AUACAAGUUCCUGUGUCAUGAGCUCACGCGAUCCCUUCCCUUUCUGUUCUUUCCACUGGAACGACACGAAAGGAAAUACCGAAAUUAUAUCCAUUCUGCUUUUACUUGCGCCUGAGAAAAUAAAAAUUAAAAACUAUUUUCUUUGAGACAACGGGCCGAGUGAAAAAUUCGGUCAAAGUAAGCGUCUUUUAGAUUCUGGACAUUUUGUGCCAAUUCCGAUGGGCUUUCGGUGGGAUAUAAAAGAUGGUUCAGUUUUUGGAGAGAUCACAACAAUCAUCGGAGCUUCAUCCAGUUACCUGAAUUGGUCAAACUUCAUCAUCAACACUUCUUUCUGUAGGAAGUAAUUGCUUUCAAAAAACACCUGUAACGAUGUCUCUUCUAGCAAUAAUCCUACUACUCUUCAGUAUUUUCAACGCUAUCUACAGCGGACCAGCCCCUGUUGUUCCUGUAGCUCAAAUUCCGCAGCCUUACGGAUUCGGAUACGAAUUUGGAGACGGUCUGGGCAUGACCCAACACCGUUCUGAGACGGCCGAUACCGCAGGUAUAGUUAGGGGACGCUACGGUUUCAGAGACCCUCAAGGAUUGUACCGAAACGUAGAGUACAUUGCUGACUCGAAUGGAUACAGAGCUGUAAUCCGAAGCAACGAACCGGGAGCGGCCAGUCAAAAUACUGCAGAUGCCGUGUUUAUUGUACAGCCACCACCACCAGCUGUGGUGGCGCAAGCCCUGAGGCGUCCCGUAACAGUGGUAGCUGUUAAAAAAUGAAUCGAUGAAUAUUUGUAAAUGGUCAAAAUGAAAUGUGGUUAAGGAAUGGAAAUUGUGUAAA